AUGUCGGCAUUCGAGGAGUUUGGCCUUCAUCCUUCUAUCAUAUGUGCAGUCGAAGACCUAGAUUGGACAUUACCUACUCCCGUACAAGCUGAAGCUGUACCUCUAAUACUCGGUGGUGGCGAUGUAUGUAUAUGUGCUGAGACUGGUACUGGUAAAACAGCUGCAUUUGGUUUGGCAUCAUUACAGGAGAUAUAUGAACAAAGGAAAUACCAAGAAUGUUAUACCCUCACCUUAUUGUAUAGUAUUGGAACCAACAAUACCUUUAUGUGA